ACUUCCGGUCGGAACAUUUAAUGUGUGCGACUGUCAACAAACAAAAUGGCGGAAUAGCGAAAUGCACUACACGAAUGGAAGGUGAAACUCUACGUCCCCAAAAGGUCUUCUGCAAGUCAGCGGCUGCGUGGCCUUAGAAGCCAUGGUGCUCAAAAUCUUCUUCCCGCAAUGCUGCAACCGGGCGGCGAGCGGGCUGCUGGUGGGCCGCUGGAUCUCGAGCGAUGGCCACGACUCGGCUGUGGUGUUAGCGGUCAUCCACUACCCGUUCAUCCCCAGCCAGGUCAAACAGUACAUCCAGCAGAUGGAAGCCCGGAGCAAAGUGGAGCUGUGUGUGCUGGGCUCUUGGAGCUUGCCCAAAGACGGUCAGGAGGGCAUGGAGAGCUUCCUGAGGGACCUGAGCACCAUGUUCCCUCAGAAACCCUGGCUGCAGAUCAGUCGGCAGAUGGGAAAGACCGGCUUCACCUGCCAGCUCCUCAACCGCGACCCCACAGCUCAACAAAAGGCAACAAAGGAGGAUGUGAAGAAAGACGACAAGGAGGAGAAGGUGAUCUUUGUCCACUACGAACAGAGAAAGGUGAUGCUGUCACAGCUUCAUCCCAUCCAGAAUGGCGUCGUUGAACCACCAACGGAACCUCCGUCCGAGCUGAGACAAGUGUUCCACACGGUGGCCCACAGCCAGCCGCUCUUCUUCCUGGACAAGUACGACGAUGGGCCGCUCAAGUCCACGCACUGGCAGACCCAAGGUCGCGAGGGCAGCAUCAUCGUGGAGCUGCUCAAGCAGGCGUCGGUGCCGGUCUGCGCGUUCCUCGGCUGGCUCCUCUCCGUGUGGACGUGGACGUGCAGCAUGCGGAUUUUCCGUCUCUACCCGCUGCGCUUCCUGUCCAGCAAGCUCUCCACCUGUGCCCAGCUCAGCAGCAGAACCAAACACCUGAGGACGCUCACCUCGCCCAAAGCAGCCGUCAAUCACACGCAGUUUAUGAGAAAAGCCCACAUGUUUGUGUCCUUCCUGGUGGACGUGGCUCUGGGCAUGUUGCUGGUGUCCUGGCUCUACCGAGACGACCACAUUAGCAUGUUAGCUAACAUGCUGGUGCCGGCUGCCGAUCGUGUUGCUAAGGAGCUGGAGGAGCUGCUGCAGUGGCUGAUGGGAGCUCCAGCAGGGCUGAAAAUGAACCGGGUCCUGGACCAGGUGCUGGGCCGCUUCUUCCUCUAUCACAUCCACCUGUGGAUCAGUUACAUCCACCUGAUGUCCCCCUUCGUGGAGGCCAUCUUGUGGUACGGAGGCCUGUCCGCCUGCCUGGGCCUGACCUUUGCCCUCUCCCUGCUCUCGGACAUGGUGGCCCUGCUCACGUUCCACAUCUACUGCUUCUACGUCUACGGAGCCAGAAUCUACUGCCUGAAGAUCUACGGGCUGGCUUCUCUCUGGAGGCUCUUCAGGGGGAAGAAGUGGAACGUCCUGAGGCAGAGGGUGGACUCCUGCUCCUACGACGUGGACCAGCUGUUCAUCGGGACGCUGCUGUUCACCAUCCUGCUCUUCCUGCUGCCCACCACAGCACUCUACUACCUGGUCUUCACUCUGUUGCGUGUGGUCAUAAUGUUGUUCCAGGGCGUCAUCCACCUCAGUGUGGAUUUCAUCAACUCCUUCCCACUCUUCGCCAUGGGCCUCCGCGUGUGUCGGCCGUACCGACUGGCAGAGGGUGUCAGGUUCAGGGUGCUGAGUGACGAGCCAGGCACUGCGCUUCAUCUGCUGAUGGAGAUCAACCCUCUGAAGAGCAGCACGGUGAUCCAGACGUACCGCACGCCCACCUACAGCUGCUACCCCAAAGACUCGUGGGCGGCUCUGGUCAAGAAGCUCUUUGUCGGGGAGCUCAUCUACCCCUGGACGCACAACAGCACCAAGGCUGAUGCCACCAAGGCUGACUGAGCGGGCCUGAUGGAGGGGCUGAUGGAGGGCCUGGAGGCCGGCGGCCAUGCGGGGAGAGAGAAGGAGAAAGGGAAGAGAUGAAUAAAUAAUGAAAUGGAAACAGAUGGACGACAGCAGAGAGGAAAUGGACAAGAAAAGUGAAACCAGCACGAUGAACGAACGCCACGGUCGAUGACGACGAGGCAGAAGGGAAUCAAAUGUUGGUGUGACUUCACAAUGGCUAAAAUAUCACCAUGGCGGCUUUGGUGAAAUGAAGUGUUUAUGAAUCUCGUACAUGACGGCCAUCUUGUACAAGCCUUUUACUAACUGUAGAAUGAUAUUUAUCUAGAUAUUUUCAUACAUAGAGUUCAGUUCUUCUAUUAAGUUAUUUAGCAGAUGCCGCACUUGAAGAAAUCAGUCAGAUAACAACUCUUGAAUCUCAAAUUUGAGGUUCAAGCCUGGAGCUAGAGUUAGCCACCAUGAGCUAAUGUUGUUAUUUGUGAUUUUUUUAAUCAAAGUCUUAACAUUAAUUUAGACCAAAACAACAUUGAACAAGUGUUUUUUUAAUAGUAACAAUGAUUUCUAAAUGUUUGUGUUUUGUCAUGCGCCUGAUCAUUUGAAGUGUUAAUUAUGAGCCAGUGUUAGUGUCAAAAUGUUAGAUUUAAACAAGAAAAAGAUUGAUUGGAUACAUUUUUAUUGUUGAUUUAUGUGAUCUCCAUGAUGGCCAUUUGCCAUGAAAUAAAAUCAUGAUAUUGA